GUUUCCCACCUCCGCACGUAUUCAUCGAGGCUGUUAAAGGCUUCGAUAUUCAAGUAUAUUUUUUAGAAAGUGACCUUAGUGCGUGUGUUUCGUUUUGAUGCCGACAUGACAGCCAACUAGUUGUUAAAAUGGCACAAUUGGCUUGCAUGCUCGCGAUGGCUGGUGCGGCGUCAGCGCAACUCACGCUUGAUGGCAUCCGUUGCGGACAGCUCACUUGUCAGUUAGACGAAUAUUGUUCACCGGAAACCAAUAGAUGUGCACCAUGCGCCAUUGUUUGCAACAAAACGCACCACAACUUCGACUCUGGGCUUUGCAUCAAGGAAUGUCAAGGAUACCUCCUGGAUAUGCGGUACAUGCGACGGAGUGACACGGCAUCUCCACCUUCUGACAUGAACGGUAUGCAACGUCAGGCGCAAACUGCUUUAAUUGUAAGCUGUGUCACGUUGGCUAUGCUGCUGCUGGUUCUUAUUAUAAUUUGCCGAGGUCGUCUCUCGUGGAGACACAUAAAGCAAAAACUACAGCCUUCUAAGAAUCGCGUCAAGCAAUAUCCAACUGAUUUAACACACCAUAAUCCACACGCAGAAAUGCCGAAACCGAAACCAGACUUGAAAUUGGAAAUACGAAAUCCCGAGCCGCCGAAACGACAACCUUUGAACGUAAGAGACCUGGACGCUAGAACUCAGACCGAUAAAAGUCUGGGAGCUACAACUCCGAAGACCAUGAGUACAGCGGUUAGCAAUAGACACCCGGCUGAAGACACCACCCUGGACUUUUCGUACGAUAAUAUGGGCAUGAAUGUGACCCCACCCGAGCAAGCAGCGAGCCACAAAUUCUGAAAACCAACCGUAUGCUUUGCUGAAUCUUUGGACAGAUUAUAAUGAGAGUCAGUGAAUUAUCUAGGUUGUGUGUAAUAGAUUUAAAAAAAAAUUAGAAUCUCGGUAAUGAAAAUGUUAUUCUAUUUUCGAAUAAUGAGUUUAAUUGAAAAAGCUCUUAAGUAAUCAUUUGUCUUGAAAGCUACUUUAUCUAAGUAAAUUUUAUAAGUCAUUUUGUUUUCACCUGGAGUAUUGUGGAUGAAAUUUUUCAUCGAAAGUUAAGUGAUACCAAGAAUUAAUCAAAUCAGGAUUUUAAUGGCGUUUUUCGAGCUUCAGUAGCUUUAUUGGAAUUCUCUCGUUGAUAAUAGAAUAAAACUAAAGACGUCUUAUAAUUGAUAUUGAUUAUUUAAAAGGUAUUUGUAUUUAAAGUUGAAAAUGAUAUACACUUACAGACGUAAUAAUGUAUUUUUCUGAGAGAUAAGGUAUAAAUUCGAUAUAAAUGUUAUCGUGAUUCGCGUGAACAUAUAACUUAAACACGUUUCAAUUUAGUGACUUAAGUUAACACUAUGUGGCUAAUUUGCUUUUAAAUUGCAAGGUAUAAUAUAAUAAAUAACAGAUCUUAUGUAAAAGUAAAAUUUUGAUAAUUAUAAUGCCCGUUCUAUAUACUUAAGAAAUCUUUGUCGGUUUUACAUGUUGUACAUUUAAAAAAAUCUUUCGAAUACAGUGAAGUAGAGCCUAUUUUAGACGAAAAUAAGUUUUUAAAUGCCUGUCUCUUUUGCCACAGUGUAAACACAAUUUGUCAGGUAUAAAGAACUGGUAAGUGUGAAAAUAUGCUUUAGUAUUUAUGAAUAACAGGUUCCAAUCUGCUUAACUGAGAAUUUUGUCAAACCUUAUACAAUUUAUUUAAUAUAAAUUAAGUUUUUUUUAUCAUUUUUAUAUUGACAUUUCUACCAAGCAUCUUCUUGCUCAUAUGGGUAAGAGUCUUGAGAUCAAAGUUAAUUCAAAUUAUGUAGUAUUUAAAUAUUUGCGCGGUGAAUCAACACAAAUGACAUAUAACAUCUAUAGGAUAAUAAUUUCCUGUGUGAAUCAAAUUAAAAUCAAGAUAAUUAAAACUAAAAUCAAAUAACUAUUUUAAUACUUGUAAUAUGCAGAAUUUAUAAUAACGUGUAUUCUAACAGCAAUAAUUAUGUUACUUAUGCGUUUAUGACGGGUGUUUUGGAUUUCGGAAAAUUGCCAGGGAAUUAAUUAAAUGAAACGAUCUGUUUAUUUAACUAAUAACCUAAUGUAAUCUAUUUCAACAGACAAAUAUAAACUCGUGAUAAAUGGGGAGGUAUUUGGUAUUUUCACGUCACCACUAUUAGAACUACAUUACGCAUAUCGUUUUAAUUUGUAAUAAGUAUAUGAAGUAUAUGUACUUCAAUGGCGUCAAAAAUAUUCCAUACAUUAGGCAGCUGUAAUUGAGUGCUCUAUGGUUUACGUUUUUAAUCUUUUUAGUUAUAAGUAUAUUUUAUAUGUCAUAUAUUACUGUAAAGUUGUAAUAUAAGAUAAUCUAUCUCGUUAUAUGGAAAGAUGGAAUAAAACCCGUGACAUGUAUGUUACGGAGACGAUAGCCUCGUAUUGCUUACAGUAUUUUUUACACUUUCAAUAGAUCUUUGAAAAUUAUUAUUAACCUGUUUAUUUAUUUUUAUUGUAUUUCUGUAUUGCAUCAAUAGUUUAACAUAUAGCUAGCUUCAUAAUAAUGAGAUGUAUGCAACUACCUAAGUUGAUUGUAUGUAACAUAUGCAAAGAAAUUUUGUUGUUAAAACGUAUCCAUAGAGGCAAUAUUCAUCAUCUUCUUUAGUCACAUAAUUUGAUAUGCUGUAAUGUUGAAUUUGAUACAAAUAUAAUGUAGAAGGAAAAGGUAGAUUUUUAUUUGGGAGAUGUGUUGUCUUAUGUUGUAUAUGUCUUAUUUGUGCUUAUCAUCAUCAUCAUAUAUAUCAUCUGAAGCUUUGUAAAUAUGUUGUAUCAGAAUUUAUGUUAUUUUUAUUACUACAAGCAAAAUAAACACAAAAAUAAAUACUAAAUCAAUAGUAAACAAAAUCCAUCAACGGAAACACUAGAAAAAUGUUUGUUAGUUUUCACGUAUUCCUUUCAAAUACCAUUAUGAAUUAAAUUUUAUUUACAUUUUCGGCAAUAAAUCCGAUUGAUAUAUUCAGUAAAUAAAACAUUGCAAUUGAUUUGUAUUGUUUCGUUGUUGUAUGAAUGUCUUGUUAUAUUAGGGUAAGAGACGAGACUUACUACCACCUAUGAUAUCCGUAUGUCAAGGAGUCAACGCGCUAAGUCUGGACUUUUACCCUGGGUCUAAGUUACGGAGACAAACGAUUUUCACACAUGAGAAUAGUAUUUAAAGUGGUCUCCUGACAUUAGCCUUGUUUUGUAUAUAGUGAUGUCUUGUUUAAUGUGCGUGAAUGAGAAUAAUAUUGUAUUACGUACGUUGUAUGUUAUGAUAUAAUCAAAAUAUUAUAAGAUACAUAGUUAUUAUAAAUUUCUAUAAUUAACGGAAUAUUUUUUUAAACAGAAAUUUGUUGAAGUCGUUGCACACGAAUGAAUUUUAAAUUAGUUCUGACAAAUUUCAUUGAACAAGUUUUUUGUUUUAUUUCAAUAAUAAAGUGAUAGACAAAGUUUCGGUUAAGAUAAUUAAAAUGCUAUAUGAUUUUCAUAUAAUUGUAACGUCGAUUCGGCCCGAAUUCUUUUAUUUGCUUGAUAUAUGGUCUGUCUCACCAUCAUAUUUUUAAGUACAGAGGAUUUGUCGGUUUAAAUUUUUGUUCGAAAAUUUAUUCUGAUUCAACUGGAGAUAUUUUAUAACGCCAUGUCAUCAAGCACAUAAAUAUGUUUCUGUUAAAUAUGUUUUAGUUAAACAUUAAAAUAGAAUAAGUUUUAAUUAAUAUAUGUAAUGGUUUUAAAACAAACCGUCCAUACUAAACAUUCCAAUAGUGUAAGUUCAAUUACAUUUUAUAAGCUUUGUAAGUUUCUUAAGGAUAAGUCUACUUUGAAGUAGGUAGGUAGAAAUUCUUUUUUGACGUUUAUGAACUAGGCACGAGAGAUAUAAAAUCGCUCAAAAAUAUAUACAAAUAAUUACCCAAACACUACAAUAAUCACAAUUAGAUUUAAAAAAAUAAAUGACAACACAGUCUUAACUAUGUUAAUCAUUUAGACAUUUUGAUAAUCAAUAUACAAUUUUGUCACAAAGAGCAAUAUUUUUUAAUAAGUGACAAAAUAAAAAAAAAAACGAUUUCCAUCAGGUACUGACUUCAAAAAUGAGCCUUAGUAUCGAUUUUCGAUGAAGUUCUCCCAAUUAGACUUGAUAUCGCGGUAGAGCUCAAAAAUAAACUUGGAAUUACAAACACAACUAAUACAAAUAUAAGACGCAGUCUUAUUUUACGUCAACUAUUAAUAUUGUGUCAAAAUCAUUGUUGUAACUAUUAACUACGUAUUCUGUAUCUGGAAAAAAGCUUCUCUAAGUUCUUUGUAAUAUCACUCGUCUAAAGCAUAAAGCUCAAAUUAGUUGGAACCCUGAGUAGACACGGUAGUAAAAAGGGUAUUAUAAAAACAUUAUUUCAAUUAUCUCUGACCUUUUCAUACAUUUACAACCAAGUAAGCUUUAACCGCUGCAGGCUACGUUUCUACGGUUGCGCCUUCAAUUAACAAAACUUUACAUUUGUAAAUUUUAUAAUAUUUUUCCGCUGUAUAAAUCUGACGCGGACCAUUAGGUUUCUUUAGAAUGGUUUAUAUAAGAGUUAUACUAAACAAUGCAAUUAAAAAUAAAAAUGAUUUAGGACGAUAUUCAGAAACGAGACUUUGUGCUAAGUGUGACUCCCGUGUGUCAAAAACGGAUUGGAUUUUGACAUCCCGGAGUUCCCACUGUCUUGUUUCUGAAUCUUAUGGAUUUGAUCAAUUCUCUUAAUAUUAAGGUUCCUAUAAUCAAAUUCUAGCUUGUUCGUAUUUACUUUCAAUAAAAAAUAUCCAAUUCAUAUGAUAUCAAUAUCCAUUCUCAAAGACCGAAUUUUAAAUAAGUAAUCAUUGUUAUAAUUUAUUCGGAAGUAUAACCAUAAGUUUCUCACUACAUUAUGUGUGUUUGUAACGAUCUUUAUACAAUCGAGUAAGCUCGUAAAUUAAAACAACAUUUAUGUAAUUAAACGUAUCGAUUGCCCUCAGUAUAUUCGAUUUUAAUGUUGUGGUUUUAAAUUAAAUUUGGUUCAGUCGCCGAUUGGAUGGCUUCGUCGUGGCGAGCAUUGCGGAGUAAAUUACUUUUAUACACAAAAAUAUAACGCGUCAUUGCAAAUGCAAUCAAGUAAUUAAAUUUAUAGGAAAUGAGGCACUUUAUGUGUUUAUAGACUUUAUCCAUUUGACAUACAAUAUGUUUUUUAUCGAGUGCGUUAUGCAAAUUGUACGUAAGCUACGCAGUUACCAUAAGCGGUACCCACAUUUCACACUUGUUCACUGAUAAAACAUAAUUUUAAUUUGAGUACUUACUGUAGAAAAUGCAGUCUAACAUUAAUCAUUGUAACAUAUUAUAGGAUCUUCGUUAAAGUACACCGUGUUUAAAAACUUAGUAGACAUUAUAUAGACUAAAUUUGAUAGCAGUUUUCUAGCGAAAUAUUUACGAUGUGUGUUUUAUAUGUAGAAAUUGUAUUCUAAUUAUAUUAAAAUGCACGACUCAAACACCUAUUUGAUACAUAUCUAGUAAAUAUAUUCCAUACAAAUCUAUUAUAUUGGUUAUGAACUUAUCUUUCAUUAUAAAUAAGUUCAGUAAGGUCAAAGCUUUUGUCUCCAACACUUUUAUUAUGAACAAAAUAAUGAGUAAAUAAAAUAUCUUUAUAAAGUAUUAACGAUAUUCAACAUGAAAGGAGAGAAAAGUUUUAUACAUUUUAGACUUUUAUGAUAUGUGUUAAUAAAUUUAAGUGUAGGUCUACUUAUAUUUUCUAUUGUUUUUGUUGUUACUCACUCACACACAUGAAUUUAUUUAAAAAAUGUAAUAUCAUCGGGAGUUGGGUAGGAAUAUAAUGAUUAUUUAAUAUCAGUAUCUUAUUAAUAAGGGUAUUAUAGGUUGUAGUAUACACUCCAUGGCAAUAUGGUACUUAAUACUUAAGGGUAUAAUUUUAAAUUAUUUAGAUUUUAUAACACCAUCAUUCAUAAAAACUAAAAAAAUUACCAAUACAUUGACACUGUUAACUGAAAUGUACAUUGUUUCUCAUGAGAACAGUAAAUGUUAUAGUUAAAAUAGUGCAGUGUAUCAUGUUAGAAGUAUGUGUAUGUGGUUCAGAGUCAAUAAUUCGACCGUAUCGAAACCCCCUAACCAAUAAUUUUUUUUCAAUACAUAUUAAAAAAAUUAAUACUCAAUUCAACAAUAACAUAACUUACUAUAUACUUUUUAUAAAAAAUAAAUUAAAUCAGUAAUAUUUACGUCAAUUUCGAAAUUAAAUCAUAAUGUUUCAUUGAUUAUGAACAUCCGCCAUUUCAUCACUCAAUAGGUUAUUUAAAAUUUGACAUAUUUCAUUCAAUUCGGUUUAUUAAUGAUUAAAUAUUUAAAUACUGUUUAAUCUUCAAAUGAAGAAGCGUCUAUUGGUCAGAGGGUUUAUAUAAAUAAGAGGCUUAUUUUAAUUUCGAAUUGAAUAACAUUUGAUAAUUUGUGUCAUUCAUUCUGUUUAUUUUCAUGAUUGAAAUACUUUUAGGAUUAUUUAAAUGUACUUGCUAAAUGUUUACACAAAUACACAUAUUUGUUUAAUUUUUUAAAUGGUUUGUAUUUUAUGUCACCGAAUUACUUCGAACGUAGUAUGUACUUUAUUUAGAGUAGAUUAAAAACUAGUUUGAAUAAGAUGUAUAUUUAUGGAGCCCUCAGGAAAUCCGUCCAUUAGUUUAAGAGUAGGUGUUUAAUAAAAAAUCUAGAGAGAUAAGAAUCGUAACUUUAGAUAUAAGUUUAAUUACAUUUUGUUUUUAAUUGCUUAUAUACUAGUUGAUAUGUUGAGUUUUAGCAGGUUUUCAUAGAAAACCGAUUUAUCUGUCAUUAUUAGUCAUCACUCAUUACAUUUAUACUUAACUUCAUAAUCUUGUAUUUAUAGGCCUCGGGGGCGAGAAUGUAAAAACAAAAGUCGAAAACCAUCAUGUACAUUCUUGCCCCACGAAUAUUUUGUAACUGUUUAUGAAAUUAAACGUAACAUUACACAAAAC